AUGGCUCGUAUUCGCAAGCCUACCUCUCGCUCUACUGGCGUCAAAGCUCACUGCUUCGUGACCCCGAAUCCAGCACGCAGAUCAACCACACUCAGACAUAUCCACAGAAAACCCGUCAAGAAAUACAAACCAGUUGAACAGGAUAUCCCAAUCAAAAUGACCAAAAACGACGAAGGCUUUACUCAAUACGAAAUUGAAAGACUUUCCUUCCUUCGCUACGCCAGCGACAUGGCCAAGGAUAUGAAGAUUGACUUGGACGAAAGAGCCCUGGAGACUUUGCAUGCUGCUGCAGAGAGCUUCCUCGAGAAGAGACACGCAGUGGCGCACAUCCCCCCAGGACACCCCGAUCGUCUUAAGAUUCUACAGCCAGAUAUCGAGAUUGUUCGUAUGGUUCGGGCUCUUCUUGGAUUUGAAAAUCUCGAACCGGAGGACAAGUUUCACUGAGAUACGGUUAUCGCUGAGGGGAAUGACAGGUAGCCUGCAGAACACACUGCAUGGUCCACUUGAACUGCAGUACAAAACAUAUGAUGUAUGGAGAGCGGAUAUGUACUCCGUAACGAUUGCAUGAAUUCAAGGAAUGAAC